AUGAAUGGAGAGUUACAAAGUAUAAAGUCUGGCGCAUUCUUUAUAACAAAACUUAAAAAUAUUUCCAUUCCAGACUCAGUUAGACAAAUUUCUGGAUUUUACGAUGACCAAGUUAUUGGAGGCCCUUUUGGUUUAUGUAUAUUUCUAACCAAUAUAUUUAUAUCAGAGAAUAGCGCUUUAACUAGAAUUGGUUAUGCAGUCAGUCAAAAGUCACCAGUAACAAAUAUUUUUAUUCCUAAAGAUUGCAGAAUCGAUGCAGGCGCUUUUAACUUAAUGGCAAAUCUCAGCGUUACAAUUGAUUCAAGAAACCAAUAUCAUAGAAUUUAUAACAAAUGCAUUUACAGCUAUGAUUAUAAUUCAUUUUAUUGGGCUUCAAGAUCAUAUACUGAUGAAUUCAAAUUUUAUCCAAACUGUUCCAUUAUAGCAUUUGAAGCUUUCAGAGGAUACUCAACAAAAUACGCAUUAGUUAUCCCUCCAAGUAUUAUAAAAAUUGAUGUUGGAAGCUUCCGUGAAUUCUAUUGCAAAUCUAUCAUUUUCCAGAAUUAUAUGAUUCAAACUCCAAAUUUCCAAAUAUUCGCUUACAAUUAUUCACCAAUUAUUAUGCCAUCAAUCCUAAAAGUUGUUCACUCUCGUGUAUUUGACUACUAUUUUGGAAAAUGCAUAGAAUUCUUUUCUGAUAUAGAAAGGAUUGAUAGCGAUAGUUUUACAAACUGCUCAGAAUUACAAGAGAUCAGAUUUCAUAAAUUAAAAAAUAAUUUGAUUAUCGAUUCGAAUUCUUUCAGGAAUUGUGCGAAUCUGAAAUAUUUGAUAUUCCCAAUCGAAAGUACUGAUAUCAUCACAUUCAAUUCAACAUGUCUAGACGAAUGUGAUUCAUUCAUUGGUGUUAAGUUCUACAUGACGAUUCCUCGAGACAUCAUGAAAUUUAAUGUUAGUACGAAAUCACUCGAUAUUGAUGUUAGCACAGCAAACAAGAACGGUGAUCCAAUCAAUUGCGGGAGAUUCCAAUUAAAGCAUCCAUUUGAUGAAAAAUGCAAAGUUCCAAUUCAUUCCUGCAAACGAUCUCCAUUAUCACUCAACAUACCAAAUAUCUUUGUCUUUAUAUGUAUUAUUAUUGAAUAA